GUUGCCUUUGUUAGGAUCCCAAGCACGAGCGCCUCCCAUGCCGGCCGGCUGACCGUCGUCCAUGGCUUCCAGCUUUGUCAUCCUCGUCCUCGCCGUUGUUGCAUCUCUCGGUGUCGGCGCCGCCGCCGCAAUUGGCAAGCAGGACAAGUUCCUGGAUCCAGCGUAUCCUUCCUGCUCGACCACUGGCAACUACACUGAUGGCAGCCAGUUCAAGAAGAACCUCGACGAGCUCCUCGCCGCCCUCCCCGCGGCCGCCAGCAGGAACGAUGGGUUCUACAUCGGCACUGCGGGGGACUCGGGAUCUCCCGACCAGGUCUUCACCCUCAUCAUGUGCUAUGCCGACCACAACGCGGCGGAGUGCCGGGAAUGCCUCACCGGAGCGCCGGCGGGGAUCAUGGCCUUGUGCCCUGGCAGCCGGGAUGUGCGCGCGGCAUACGAUGCGUGCAUACUCCGGUACUCACCGGUGUCGCCCUUUGCAUCGACGGCCGACCUCGACAUCGCUUUCUACGUGAGGUACACCGCUCCCAUCCCGGUCGAUCCGGUGGCCAUGGCCAGGGCGUGGCUUCCGCUGAUGGCCGACCUCACGGGACAGGCCGCUGCGUCGCCGGCGCGGGCAGCGAGUGGGAGCACGCCGUACGAUGCUUCGUGGCGGGUGUUCGGGCUGGCGCAGUGCACGAGGAACCUCAACGCGAGCGAGUGCAGCCGGUGCCUCUCCUCCUUGGUCGGCAAACUGCCGGAGCUGUUCCAGAACGAGACCGGUGGCGCUGUCAAGGCAUACAGCUGCUAUGUGCACUACCAGAUCGGCCCCUUUGACAUAACCCUUCCACCUGUAUCAGAACCGCCGCCGCCGUCGUCUCCAAAGCCCGGAGAAGCAUCGUCUUCUUCAAGAACAAGGCUCCUGAUCGGCAGCUCCAUUGGUACCGUGUCGUUCUUGAUCAUUCUGGUUGGUGUCUUGGUCUGUCUCCUUGUCCGACGACGGCAAAAGCACCCAAUCACUGCCAAUAAGCAGGCAAAGGGGCAAGAGCUGGAAGAUGGCGAAUUCUCUGACGGCGACGACCCAGCCAUGGAAGACGACUUCAAGAAAGGGACUGGGCCCAAGCGAUUUCGCUACGGUGAGCUGGCCAUCGCCACCGACAACUUCUCCGACGAGAAGAAGCUCGGGGAAGGAGGUUUCGGCUCUGUGUACAGAGGAUAUCUCAAGGAGUCGAACCUCGAGGUGGCCAUCAAGAGAGUCUCCAAAGGCUCCAAGCAAGGGAAGAAAGAGUACGCCUCUGAGGUGACGAUUAUAAGCAGGCUCCGGCACCGAAACCUGGUGCAGCUCAUUGGCUGGUGCCAUGGCGGUGGCGAGCUGCUCCUUGUCUACGAGCUGAUGCCCAACGGCAGCCUUGACACGCACCUCUACGGCGGCAAGAACGCAGCCGUGCUGCCAUGGCCGGCCAGGCACGAGAUCGUCCUUGGACUGGGCUCUGCCCUCCUGUAUCUUCACCAAGAGUGGGAGCAGUGCGUCCUGCACAGAGACAUCAAGCCAAGCAACAUCAUGCUGGACGCCUCCUUUGCUGCCAAGCUCGGCGACUUCGGGCUUGCCAGGCUCGUUGACCAUGGCCGAGGCUCGCACACCACGGUGCUCGCCGGCACGAUGGGAUACAUGGACCCGGAGUGCAUGACCACCGGCCGGACCAGCGCCGAGUCGGACGUGUACAGCUUCGGUGUCGUGCUCCUUGAGAUUGCCUGCGGCAGGCGGCCUCUAGCAGUGGCAGAAGAGGAGCAGAUGGUCCACCUGGCACAGCGGGUCUGGGCAUCAUACGGCGUGGGAAGGGUUCUUGAUGCCGCUGACGCACGGCUGGAGGGGGAGUUUGACGGCGAGGAGAUGGAGCGUGUGAUGGUGGUCGGGCUCUGGUGCGCGCACCCUGACCGGAGCCUCAGGCCGUCCAUCAGGCAGGCCGUGGGCGUGCUACGGCGUGAGCAGCCUCUGCCGACCCUCCCGGAGAGGAUGCCGGCGGCGACCUUCGUGUACGUGCCGCUGCUGGUUGAUGGUUCAAGCUCCACGUUGUCUACUGGUGUCGCCGGCGCUGGCGGCAGCGGCACCAGCGGAACUGACACGACGUCGUCGGUGUCGAUGCGAAGCAACACAGUAGUGGAAGGACAGAUCACCGGUCGGUAA